UGAGUCAUCAGUCACACUCAGUCAAAAUUCAAGGUCGGUGGUCCGUACCUGUGUGUUAGUGUGCCUGUGACCUGAUGACCUCGUGCAAUUUACCAACUUUAAAUAAUAGCUAAAAAUGGCCAUGAGAGUUGACACGUUGGAUGAAGAUCUGAUUACUUGUCAAAUUUGUUUGUACGAAUUCGACGAGGAGAUUAAGAAACCCAAAUUUCUCCAAUGAUCCCACACCAUUUGUCUCGAGUGCUUCCAGGCUACACGCCGACAAGUCACAAUCACUUGCCCUUUCUGUCGGACGGUGACAUCAAAAUACAACAGAAAUGGAGCAGAAUGGAUUCUGCCAACAAAUCAAUAUGUUCUAAAGUUGAUCAAAAUGAAUAGAACUGAAGCGAUUUCCAUGCCAUCCACUGCAACAGUCAGGAAGUCUGUAGAAGAAGAGGCUGAUGAACAAUUGAUUCCUGCAGUGGCCAUUAGUGCUAGAGUGGUAGAAGAUGAGGAGUAUAACUCAAACUGGAUUGAAAUGAUGGAUGCCAGACUCCAGAGCUUAUUGAACCAGCAGCAGGAACACGUGAUUACAACAGCAGCAGCUACUGUACAACCAGCCAAUGAGGAUGAACAAUUGAGGCUUGCACUGGUCAUGAAUGGUAAAGAGAUGGAACAAGAAGCCUUGAAUGAAGCGAUGCACCAGAGCAUAUCGAACCAGCAGCAGAGAGUCAGGCGGAGUCGUGAUAGGCGUAACAGGCGUGAUAGGCGUAGCGUGAAUAGGCAUGGGGAAUCACAAAGGAAUGCGGUAGCAGCAACCCCUGCCAUCCAACCCACACCCGUGCCUAAUUCAACCAUUGACGAACUGCCGAUUGUGGAAAUAAUGCUCUCCUUGCUAUGUUUUUGUUUAACGGCAUUUCUCUGGUGGGGAUCGAGAUGGGGAUUGGGAUUCCGAUUAAACUCUUAA